AGAGCGUCUGACUACGAAUCGUGGUUUCGAAUGAGUCAUGAAUAGUCCAUCAGGAGGCUGCAGGUUCGAGUCCUGCGUCGGUCAUUCUUUUUUUUGUUUAUUUCUCUCUCCAUUUUGCAAGGUUAAUGUAUCUUUUGUCUCUUUUUUUCUUUUUCUUCUUUUUUUUUGGUCUCUCUUCUCCCCCUUGCGUUUUAUUUGCUCUACCUUCUGCCCCAUCUCCCUUUCUUCCCUACUACAUCCGUGAACUCGACAGAUAUGGCAACGCGUUGCCAUGUCUUCGUACAUCUUCGUACACAAUCUCGAGAGAUCUACUAACCCUUUAAAUACCGGCCAUGCCGUCGUCUCACAGCGAACCAGCCAUUUGGUUUCAUUACUA